UCUUCCAUAAUGAGACACUUUAUAACUGCGGCGCUACUUCUGGCAUCAAUCUAGUCAGAGGACUGUGGACUGAGGACUAUCGUUGGACUUUUGGGGAAGGCUCUUCUGCAUUUACAUCUGCUUGUCAUUUUUUGUGGAAUUGUUUCACAUUGCAUUGAAUCUGCCUGGAAAAAUGCUGCUCCUACUGCUUGGAAUCAUUAUCCUGCACAUUGCUGCUCUGGUACUCCUCUUUAUAUCGACUAUUGUUAGCUCCUGGACCGUCGGGACGACCAGCAGCGCGGAUCUGUGGUCGAACUGCUCCACGUCUGCCGUAGGCUACCACUGCGACCCAGCCUUUGCAGGAGAAUGGAUCCAGGCAGUCCAAGCGCUCAUGAUCUUAUCCAUCAUCUUCAGCUUCCUCUCCCUCUUCCUCUUCUUCUGCCAGCUCUUCACCCUGCAGAAGGGUGGCCGCUUCUUCCUCACCGGAAUCUUCCAGAUCCUGGCCAGUCUGUUCGUCAUGACCGGCGCCAUCAUCUACACGGUGAUGAGUCCGACCUGGGUGCCGGACAUCAUGUCCUUCGGGUUCGCCUACAUCCUGGCCUGGGUGGCCUUCCCCCUCGCCCUGAUUAGCGGCCUCAUCUACGUCAUCUUGAGAAAGCGCGAAUGAGAUCACGUCGCCACGGAGACUAGCUGAAGAGGAGCUUCCGUGCUACCGUACCGUACUGCGUCCACAGAGAAGUUCACUGACACCAGUUUGAGGGUGGCUGGGCGGGGGGAGGAGGGGGGGGGGAAUGGGGUCAGGGAUAUUAAAGUAGGGAUAAGACAAGACACGAUUGUCGCCUUACUCUACAGGCUCCUCAGAAGUAAGUAUUCACCAAUCACCAUCAGCCUUGAUCGGUUUGUUCAUACCAACAUACCCUGUGAUUGGUGGAGCUCCUCUCUGGUUUCUAUUUGAAAGGCAGAAACCAGUGAGUGUUCUGUGUCUAUUUUAUUAUCCCUGGGGGGGAAUGGGGGGGAGUGAGGUUUGGGGAUUCAGGGAGGGGUUUACACAAACAGAAACAACAAAUACUGUUAUAAUUGAAGAUGUAUAUAGUAUCUAUGGUUUAAACCCUAUUUAUAACACUUUUUACAUAUAUGUACAUAGUAUUGUUGUGUUGCUAUAUUGACAAAGAUUCUCCUUUGAUGAACUUUGUUUAGCUAAUUAAGUGCCUAAAAAUGUAAUGGUGAAGUAACGAGUCUUUGUUUUAUUUGUGUGUAGUUUUCUUUAAAUUACCCCCCCCCCCCACCCAAAAAAAAAGAAAAAAAAGUUUAAAUAAAUUUUUGAACCAUUUUAACCAAAGUGCAUGUAUGAACUAGAAGGCAGGAGGGAAUUUGUGUUUUAACAGUGCUUAUUUGAGGAGAAAUACAGAAGCAACAACCAAACGAGAUUGCUAGGAUAAACCAUUAAAAAGGUAGCUUGACAGUUUUUUCAGUUUUUUUCUGUAUGUAAUAAGCCAAAAUUUUUUCAAGGUUUGUUUUUUCAACAACAAAAAUGGUGCUAUAUAUUUACCAUUCCUAUUAUUGAUAGCCAUUUAGCCUUAUUUAGAGUUGAAUAACUUGAUUUAACAUGCAGUAGGUGGAACGUCUGAUAGUGUAAUGUACUUGUGCCUAACUGCUUAUGUACAUAAAGGAUUUUACUAAAGUUUCUUUUUCUCUUUCUUUUUUUGUUUAGUUUUUUUUUCGUUUUAUUUUUCGUUUCUUUUAUUUUUAUUUUUUAAAUAAAAACAUUAAAAGAAUGUUGGCCUUACGUGUAAGUUAAGCUACAUGUUUGAGAGUAAGGGUGGGGCUAAAAAUUUUUUAAAUUUUUUUUUCAUCACCUGUUAUUUUCUUUUACUCUUUCACUUAAAACUGUAUUGCCAUUUCAAACGUCAGUAUUAAAAGAGCUGCAUUGUUUCGUUGAUUUUACUGUACGACUGCAUGUAAUGUUUUGGUGGCACGAUGAGGAGACCCAAUUGUGGGCUUAAAAAAACUACAACGGCUUUAGUUUCGAUUAAUGUUUGGUUCUCUCUUUCAUAAGAUGUUUCUUUGUGUGAUUAUUUUUACCUGACCAGCAAUUAUAAUUAGACGCCGGCCCAUUUCGAGGGUGGUGUAGCGACUGCGAGGGCAUUAUACCAAAUCAAAUCUGGCAUAAAAUUUAGAGGGGGGGAAAUGGUAUCAAAAUACUGUAUUAUGAGAGGAAGGAUAUUUAGAUUGGGAAACUUGCGGUUUUGCAUUUUAGGUGAAAAAAACGUGAAACCUGUCUUUUUCGUUCUGAUGACGAAUGUGUUCUCUGAAACCCACUUGAAUUACGGAGUCGGGCUGUUCCAUUUGGGGGAAAAAAGGAUACUGUGAUGUUGUGCCAGUAUCAGUCGACUGUAAUCCUUGAAAACGCUAACAAACGAAUUGACUAAAUAAACAAUGAAUUAGAUACGCCUGUCUAGAGAUAAUUAUGUGUAAUUGUGUGUUCCUUUUCAGCAGGAGGCAAAGCCCAAAUGACCACUAGAAACCCAAAUUGCCGUCGCGGUGAACGAGUUACCUGUUUCCAUGGUGUUUAUGUGCUGUAAAGCGGCUCGACGGGGAUGAUUGUGUGGAAGACUUUUGCAAGAGUGCACGAACGGGAACUGUAGUAAAAACUAAAGAUAAAAGGCCUCUGGAUCCCCCCCCCUGUGUAAAGUACAUCUGGUUGAACUUAGAUAAGUGUGUGCUAUUAAAGUGAAUGCAAAUUAUCUAUCUGUGUGGCCAAAUGUAAUCUGUACCCUCUAUACUAUGCUAUGUGUCGAUGAACGUGCUGAGCCUUUCUGUUCUCUUUGACUGCUCUGUGUUCGCCGCUGUGUGUCUGUGUGUAUAAUAUAGCCGUGCCUGCGUCUCUGAACUGUGCUUUUCGCCCUUGCCUUUGUCACCCUGUUCACCUCUCCGUGUCGGCGUCUGUCGCAAUCGAAAACCGUUCAAGCGUUCUGUCCGCCGCGGUCGUGACGCGCGGCUUCGCUCCUGAACCCCGGAGUCGGGCAGAUUCCGUCACCUUAGCCGGGGGGUCCCCGAAUGUCAGGAAUUUUAAACGCGGCCGCGGUCUGGCUCCUGUUGCGCACGGGGCGUCCGAUGCGCGCUGAGAGAGAGAGGGGCCGCGUGUUCCAGGCGCGCGGGUAGAGUUACCGACGGUGGGAAUCUGGUCGUCUGUGUUCCCGGGCGCAGUGGACGGACUGUCCGAAUCCGUGCUGGUACCGAAACCCCGUUCAGUGUGAGCCAGAUCGCUGGGUCUGAGGCAAAGGACAGCUCUGUGGAUGUUUUCCCACCGUGUUACCAUCACUGUAACCUUAUAGGACUUGCAAAGAUGAUUUACAUUUUUGUGUUACAUGCCUUAUGGAAACAGGAACGUACGUGCAUGAAACCAUGAAUUAAAAUGUCAGGCUGUGGUCAUUGAGACACCUAAGUAACAAUCGGACAAUAACCGACACGAAUGUGCAGAUUUUUAAAGAGGCCAUUCUCUUAGGAUCUACCGUCCUGUAGGUUCUCACGCCAACCCUAAUUUGGCACACCUUACUCUGCUAAUUAGCAUUUGAAUGAGGUGUGCUUUGUUAGAGUUGGAGUGAAAACCUGCAGGACGUAGUUUACCAGACGCACAUCCGAAUACACUGUAGGUUUGACACUAGCAGACAGGAUGGACCUAAGCGGCUUAACGUUUUAUGAAGACAUUGGCCUGAAUUCAGUAAACAUUUGUCCCAACAUUUCUUCACUAACACAUUUUGUUGAGUUCAUUUUAGGUUAAUGCAGAACUCACAAAGAAACGUGUUUAUGAAGAAGAAGAAUAAAAAACAACAAUUACAUUUUAAAGUCAGUUCAGUCAGAGAAAAUCUAUUCUGAAGCCAGGCCAUAUGGUCAAUACAGUACAUGUACAAAUGUGGUAAGCGCUAUGCUUGUCAUGUUAAGACCUCCGAUCCCUUGGGUUUGACCCACCUUUUGCUCUGGUUCAGUUGGUGCCCAAUCACGUGCCAUGGAGAGCUGGGUGUAUGCACGUUUUCAUUCCGACCAAUCACGUUAUCUGCUUAUUUCUCUCAUUCGUUCCCUCCUCUCUGGUUGAAGGUGUGUUAAUUAGUGCAAUCAGCAGGUGUAGCGAUCGGUUGGAAUGAAAACCUGGAUUCUCUCAGCAUUCCAUGGCACAUGAUUGGGCCCUACUGCUCUAGUUGUUGCGUGACUCCAAAAGCUCACAGAUUUGAUUGUCUCUGCCUCUUCCCAACCAGUACGGUUACAGGACAGACCAGCUUUCUCCAUUCUAGUCUACAGAGCCCAGCAGCCCCUUUAAGUGGUUUACUGUUUAUCCAGUCCAUAGUCAUGACUUGCUGCAUAGCUAGAUUUCUACGUCCAGAAGUUUGAAAAGCACAGAAGUAAAUGGAAGGUCAUCAGAAAACCUUUUUUAUUUGCCUGCUUGCUGAUUGCUGAAGGGGCUGGAGUGUGCAUGUCUAGUUGGAAGGGAAUGAGCAUCUCUAAUGAAGGCUAGCUUAUCUCUGUCCCCUGGUUUCAAGCACUGUUACGGUUGGCCGCCCAACUAAGUAAUGCUUGUGUUCGUGUUAAAAUGCAAUUCAAUUGAGUGACAAUAAAGGAUAUUGCUUA